GAGUACCGGGCUGCUGGCUGUGGGCGUGGGCUUGGUUGGUAACCUAAGCGUGGGACAGGGAACCGGCAGCGGCAGCAUCCCUUCGCUCCACAAGACCGCCGCCGCCGACCGUUUCCUCCCCGCCGCCGACCGCUGCGAGCGAGAUCCACAGAGUAAAAGAAGAUGCCUUCGCUUCAGAAAGCUUUACCUCCAGAACUUGCUGAUAAUGCGCUCAGAUUAUACCGUGAAUGCUUAAGGAGGGCAAAGUUUAUCGGGAGUCAGAAACACAAUACCGGGCUUCUUGUUUCCAUGGUGAGGCAACAGUUCAAGAAAAACAUGAAUGAAACUGAUCCAGAUAAGAUACAGAAAAUGAAGGAUGAUGCGGCAAGGGGCCUUAUCAAUCACAUUAUUUAUGAGUCUGAGAAGAUGACUGGGCGCAAAUUCUCAGGUUAAGAAAAUUAGAGCUAGACUUUCAGCAUGUGAUGUAUCAAUAAUAAUAGUAAACGGCGACUUGAUAUUGUGGUUGCUGAAUUAUUUUAUCUAGCACAAAGACAAGCCAAUGCUUUGCUUGGUUGUUUGUAUUUUACUGCUUUUCUGGAUGUAAUUGACCCAAACUGCAAACACAAUAAAGUGCUGUUGGUUUGGUUAUCCUUUGAA